UUGGCACUGAUACAAACAAAUCAUGUUGUCAGUCAGUUACAAAAGUUUUACCCUGAUCACAAAUUUGAAAUUAUUACCAUGUCAACCACAGGGGAUAAUAUUUUGGACAAGGCAUUAUCCAAGAUUGGAGAAAAGAGUUUAUUUACAAAAGAGCUGGAGUUAGCAUUACAAGAUAAAAGAGUGGAUCUUGUUGUACAUUCACUGAAAGACUUACCAUCUAUGUUGCCAGAUGGUAUGGCUAUAGCUGCUGUCUGCAAAAGAGAUAACCCAUAUGAUGCUGUAGUGUUACACCCUAAGCAUGCUGGGAAAACUUUAAAAAAACUUUCAAAAGACAGUGUAAUUGGAACAAGCUCCUUAAGACGAAUAGCUCAGUUACAAAGAAGAUAUCCACAUUUAAAGUUUGAAGACAUUAGAGGUAAUUUGAACACCAGAUUACGUAAACUUGACGAAGGUGAUAAAUACAGUGCUAUUAUAUUGGCAGUGGCUGGAUUGGAGAGAAUGGGAUGGGAAGAUAGAAUAAGUCAGAUACUGGACCCAGAAGAUUGUAUGUAUGCUGUUGGUCAAGGAGCUUUGGGUGUAGAAGUAAGAGAAAAUGAUCAACCAACAAUCAAACUGGUUUCCAAGCUCCAUGAUGAUGAUACAUUAAUACGAUGCAUCAGUGAACGAGCGUUUUUACGGCAACUUGAAGGUGGAUGUAGUGCACCUGUAGCAGUACAUAGUGAAGUUAAAAAUAACAAGUUAGAGUUGACUGGUGCUGCUUUGAGUCUUGAUGGUUCGCAGUGUAUUAAAAAGUCAUCUGAGAAGGAUUUGUCCGAACAAAUAGAAACACUUAAGAAGGAAACUAAUAACAAGCUGUUUGUUGGUAUUAUUGCACAAGAUGUUUCCCAGAAUGCAAUGUAUACUGCUGAGAAUCUUGGGAAGGAUCUCGCCAUCACACUGCAGAAUGAAGGUGCUACAGAAAUAUUGAAGGUUGCCAAGGAAACUAUUGCUAAUCAAAUCAAAGAAAGCAUGAAAAGAAAAGCAGUGGAUGAAAAGGGUGAUAGUGAAGUUGUUGCUAAGAAACAGACAGUGGAAAAGGAAACAUGAACAACUUAAAUUGGGUUUUCUAAAUACAAAGUACAUAGACGUAUUCAAAGGUUGAUAAUAGAUGAGGGUAUGCAACUUGCAUAACCAUUGAUGGUUUGAAAUCACAUGGAUAUGUAAUGACAUUUUAUUGUGAAUUUCACUAAAGUGAGAAUAGUGCUGUUCUACCAUAAAGAAUGUUCAGGGAAAAACCAAGUACUUUUGCUAUUGUUCAUUCAACCUUUCCCCAAAUACACGGUAAUACCCAUGUUUUGUUAUGAUUGGCUGAAUGUUUCGCUAUCCUCAAAAGAACUUUUGAAGAAGGGUCUGGUUUUUAAAAUAAAUGGUGAUUCUAAUGUCAAGAAAGCAACCACACACAGUACAAAAUUACACAAGAACCAUAGCAACCAUACACAACAAAAAUACACAAUAACCAUAGCAACCAUACACAACAAAAAUACACAAUAACCAUAGCAACCAUACACAACAAAAAUACACAAUAACCAUAGCAACCAUACACAACAAAAAUACACAAUAACCAUAGCAACCAUACACAACAAAAAUACACAAUAACCAUAGCAACCAUACACAACAAAAAUACACAAUAACCAUUUCUGUCACAGUCUUUCUCACUUGAAAUUUGCCUAAUUUGUGU